UGCACCAGCAACCAGAACCCCAAUCCAUGGCUACAGACAGUGUCUACGUUCUCUUCUUCUUAUUGGCCUUCGUAUGCAUUCAACUGAUAAAACCCAACGUCUGCGACGGAGCUCUAACCGCAGGCUGCAUCCCUGCCGAAAGAAGUGCUCUACUUGAGUUCAAACGAGGCCUGGAAGAUCCUACCAACAGGCUGUCCUCUUGGGUGGGUGAAGACUGCUGCAAAUGGGAGGGUGUGACGUGCAGCAAUCAUACUGGGCAUGUCGUCAAGCUGGACCUCCAGAAUCCGGAUCCUUUCUCUGAUUUUGGUGACGAGCCAUACAACAACUGGACCUUAGGAGGUAACUUGGCUUCCCUCGAGAAACUUAAUUUAGCUUUCAAUUCUCUUCAAGGAGGAUUACCCACUUCCUUCAAAAAUCUGUGCAAGUUGAAGAAUUUAAUAUUGACAGCCAUCAAUAUCAGACAAGAUUUGUUAGAACUUGAUGAAAUUUUCUCUGGUUGCAUCAAGAUGAGCCUAGAGGUUCUAGGCUUAUCCGGCACGAAUAUCAGUGGGCAGUUGCCUGAAUGGUUAUUCCAACUCAGGAAGCUUAAAUCACUCCAGUUGGAGCAUAAUCUGAUUUCUGGGCCUAUUCCUGUAUCAAUUGGACAACUAGCAUCACUCCAAGAGCUCUUUCUUGGUCAAAAUCAAUUGAACGAAACAAUACCAGAAAGCGUGGGGUGGCUGUCUCAGCUAGUUACUUUGGACCUCCAGCACAACAAUUUGGAGGGUGUAAUGUCUGAGGCGCAUUUUGGAAACCUCACAGAAUUGAAAUACUUGUAUUUGUCGUCCAACUCGGCUCUAAAGGUCAAGAGCAAUUGGCUUCCUCCCUUCCAGCUUGAUUCCCUUCGGAUGGACUCUUGCAAACAGGGUCCUGAGUUCCCUGCAUGGCUCCAGUCGCAAAAAAAUAUUUCAGAAAUUGUUAUGUCUAAUGCUAGUAUUAUUGAUGCUAUGCCAGACUGGUUUUGGAGCUUAAUUUCCACAGCAGUGUACGUGAGUGUCUCCGGCAAUCAGAUCAGUGGCCACGUACCCAAUUUAUUGCAUGUAAACAACCUCUACCAAUUGGAUUUAAGUUCAAACUACUUGGAGGGUCCUCUUCCAUAUUUUCCUCCUGGAUUGGAAUUAUUAGAUCUGUCAAACAAUUCAUUUUCGGGAACAAUUUCACUUGCCAUCUUCACGAAUAUGCCUAACCUCCAAUAUUUAUCAUUUUCAGAAAACAAUUUAAGUGGUGAAAUUCCCUUCUCUAUAUGCAAUCUGUCGGUCUUACAGGUUCUUGAUCUUUCAAAAAAUAUGUUAUCAGGAGAGCUCCCCAGUUGUUGGAGUAAUUCUUCCAGAAUUAGAGUUAUGGAUUUUUCAAGCAACAACAUAUCUGGAGUUAUUCCUGAGUCGAUAUGUUCCAUAGUAUGGCUUCAGUCGUUGCACUUGAGCAAUAACAGUCUAUCUGGAGAGCUGCCUUUGUCCUUGAAGGAUUGUGGGAAAUUAAUCCUUCUUGAUGCCGGACAUAAUGAUUUGAAAGGUGAAAUUCCAACCUGGAUAGGUGAAAGUUUAACUAGUCUGAGGUUCCUCAAUCUGCGAUCAAAUAUGUUGGCCGGAGAUAUUACUCCAAAUCUUUCACAAUUAAGUGCUCUCCAAUUUCUCGACCUUGCAGAUAAUAAGUUGUCGGGAACUAUUCCAAGGAGCUUUGGAAAUUUUACUGCCAUGAAAGUUAUUGGAAAGUUUUCAAGUUGGAUAACAAAUUCAAUAGGUUACAAGGAGCAGAUGCUUAUAACAACUAAAGGAAACACUCUAGACUAUGAUAUCUUGCUUUCACUUAUGAAUAUCUUGGACCUCUCAGAUAAUAACCUAUUUGGAGGAGUACCCGAAGAACUCACAAGUCUUUCUGGCUUAUUCAGCUUAAAUUUAUCUGGAAAUCAUUUCACAGGAGAAAUCAUUGAAAAUAUCAGUAAAUUACAACAGUUGGAGUCCCUUGACUUGUCAAGAAACAAUUUUUCUGGCAUAAUUCCUUCUAGCCUCACUGUCCUGACUUAUUUGGCUCACUUGAAUCUGUCAUACAACAACUUGUCAGGGGAAAUUCCUCUCGGUAAUCAACUUCUGACUUUCAAUGAUCCAUCGAUCUAUAUUGGCAAUCCUGAUCUUUGUGGGUUUCCUUUGAAUCAAAGUUGCAAAGACAGUGAGACAGCACAAAGUCAAAGUAAUACAGAUGAUAGAGAUAAGAAUGAGAUGAUAUGGUUCUACACGAGCAUAGCACCAGGAUUUGUUGUUGGUUUUUGGGCCGUCUGGGUACCUUAAUAUUUAACAAGAAUUGGAACCUUUACUACUUCCGAUUUAUAGACAACAUACUUGACAAAAUAUGUGUUUACCGUACUGAAAGUUUCUAGGAUCAGAAAACGUUGUUGUUCCCAGCGAGGAUAAAUUUGAACAUCAAUAUCUUCUGUACGAGAGUUAAUCUCAUUAAUAUCAUAUCAUCAGCUUGAAUAAAUUUUCUACUUCUGAAUACUUCUGGACUUGUAUACAAGUAAGUCAUGCACUCUCAAUUUUGAUCAUUUCUGUCAAGAUCUCAGUACCAUACGAAGUGUUCUAAUUCUGGGGAUUGCCAAAAAGCUUGCACCUUUUAAUUAGUUUUUCCAAAAUAGACACCCCUUUUUUAGUUGUUCAGUUUGGCAGAAAUUAAAGAAGGUUAAAACUUUUACGUAGAUAUAGAUAGAAUUUAUGGUUUUCUUUUCUUUCUUUCUUUUUCAUCCUCAAAUUUCCCAAGUUUAUAGUAUCUACUUUCAUCAAAUGCAUCUGCAUGUCUUGUUCUUCCCAAGCAUUACACGUCAAAACUGACACAAUUGCAAUCACAAGUUCUGUUGCAAAAGAUUUGGCCACCUUAUUCGAUUAAUUUAACUCUUAUUGAACUUAUACGCAGGUGUUUUUACCAUACGCUACUCUUGUUUAUGUAAAUCCAGUGUCAGUAUAUCUAGAAUCAGAUUUCAUUUUACAUUACUAAUUUUUUCUAGAGAUCAAGGUUUAAAUUAUCAUUAACCCUCCCUACAGUCCACAUUGAUGAGAGCCUCUCAUGCAAAGAAUAACAUGUCAUCACUGUCAAGAUACGCCAAUUCUGCCCUAGAAGGACAGCCUGAUUUAGAGCUGGAGUAGCUUGGAUCUGAAUUCCAUGAACACUGGAGUUGUUUGUGAUGGUUUAGUAUGUGCUUUCUACCCUUCAAAGUUGUGUGCUCACAAAGAGCAAAUAAGGUUCAUACACAAGAGACUUGUUGUAUUUGAGAUGUUACUUGUGCUUCAUGCUUCUUGCGCCCUUGUAGAACUUUAAGGGGUUCUCUUGUUGCAUGUUGAGUCUUGCUGUAAGUAUCCUCCAAACUGAACACUGCUAGAACUAUCCGACUGAAGAAGCUAUGGAUGCAUCUGUAGUUGCAACAGAUGGGGCUGUUUAAUA